CCGCCAGAGUAUCAAAGUUUUCUCUCUCUACACGAGAAGCUUCUCAACUCGAUUCAGAACCGAAUGCAGAUGAGAGAGAGAGAGAGAGAGAGAGCGAUGAUGUUGAGAAGGAGCCUUGCCACCCUCUUGGAAAGUAAAAACGGGAGAUAUUCAAGAACAUUGCUCUCUUCUUCUUCUUCUUCUUCUUCUUGUUUUUCAUUUUCUCAGUCCGCCUCAAAUGCUGCUACCGCUGCUGGUGUUGAUGUUAGUGCUGGUGCCGGACAGGCAGACAUUGUCUUCACACCAUCUAAGAUAGAUGCUCCUCCUUCUCUCCUUCAGCCCGGCGUUGUCGUCUACGAUGGUGUCUGCCAUCUCUGUUACAAGGGUGUGAAGUGGGUGAUCAGAGCAGACAAAUAUAGGAAGAUAAAGUUCUGUUGCCUUCAGUCCAGGGCUGCUGAACCCUACUUGAGGGCGAGUGGUCUCGAUCGGGAGGAUGUUCUUCGCCGCUUCUUGUUUGUUGAAGGCCCCGGUUUAUACCAUCAAGCUUCCACUGCUGCAUUGAAAGUUGCGUCUUACUUGCCAUUGCCUUACUCAGCACUAAGCAUUUUACUAGUCAUCCCUGCACCGAUAAGAGAUGCCAUUUAUGAUUAUAUAGCAAAGCGACGCUACGAUUGGUUCGGGAAGGAAGAUGAUUGCAUAGUUAUGGAAGAGAAGGAAAUGCUUGAGCGUUUUAUUGAUUGGGAAGAAAUGUUGGAUCGGCACAAGAGUAAGUCCGUCUAGGAUUUCGUCGUUUGGAUUUUUUUGUUCAUGAAUUUAAUUUGCCAACGCAUGAAUGUGGAUGCUUUACUAAUCUUUUCAAGGAGAUUCUUGGCUCUACAUUUUGUGGGACAUACAUGUGGGGAAAGCGAUGAACUCAUUUCUGUGGCCCACGCAUUGUAAUUGGUGUGGCACAAGGUUGUGCAAAACAUGUCCAGUUUUGCUACGUAGAUACAUCAAACCUCUAUUACCUUCUGGUAACUAGAUGAAACGAAAUCUUGGCUUGUAAGGGGAGGAACAUACUUAGAUACAGAUGCUGACAUAGAAAUAAAUAUGAGAACUGGGGUACAAUCCUUCAUCCCCCAAAAUCUUGGAUAUGGAUACGGGUAACCCAUUUGUAAAUGAAAAUCAUACUUAGUUUUAUGAUGAAAUACUCGUUCAA